CAGUCUCGUGUUUUGCCGUCAACUAUGACGAUCGACGGAGUCGGCAAGAAUUCCGAAUACGCCCAGCUGAGUGAAUUCACCACCGUCGACGCCCCGAAACUGGAAGUGAAACGUGAUGACGAUGAUGUCAGCAUCGCCGGCACAGUUUUCAACGAGCCUUGGGACUCGAAUGUGUGGGAGAAUCUACUCGAUUUGGCUAAUCACGGCGAUGAGAAAUUAGCGGAAACGAUUCAUGAAGAAGACUCAGACUCAGAUCGUACUGCUGGAGGAUCAACGAGAAUGCAUGAAUCCGAAGACGAGUUGGAUGAUGAGCUGUGGUCUUCGAUGACGGCGUCCGCCCGAAGGAAAUUACCAUCGGACAGAGUUACUUGCAAGGCAUGGGAGAAUGAUGAAGUUAGGUAUCUUCCCCGCGCAAAUUCCGGAUUCUCACAACAGAUUGGUUCGUUAGACGACUUGCCACUAUCAUUGGCAACCUUCUCACCGAAUCUAAAUUCUGGAAGGAAAACAACACAACAUGAAUCUAGUCUCGCUCUGCAAAGCUAUGUGGAGAGGUUAGUGGAUUGUCUUUGUACGGUGUUUGGUGCUACAUUGAAGCGAUUCAUCGAAUGUACUGUGCAAAGUGAAGAAGCUGAUCCGAAUGUGGUUGUACGAAAUGUUCGACAAUUCAUAAACGGAAUUAAAAACUAUCUGGUCAAGCACGGUGAAGGUGAUCUUCAUGCCCUUAUCGACCAAGAGAGUGCUCAUUUGAAUGCGAAUCAGAUUCUCAAUAUUGAUGCUAUUUUGGAAUCUGUACUGCAUAAAUUACUACUUAGACGAGUUAAACCUCAUCUCUAUCACGUAAUGGUGAAGGAAAACUCGAGAGCUGGUGGUCUGCAGGCUUUAUCCGCGAAUAUCGCUUAUGUACGAAACUUAAGUCUUGCUGACCUGGGAUUCUCUAAUGCUGACCAAUUGGUCGCACCAUCGGCAUCGGUGAUGGAGCAGAUAAAAAACUGUCUGAGAAAAAUGCAACACCACUAUUCGCCAUUGAAGAAGCUCGAGAACCUUCUUAGAAAUGUGUUUUUUUUUUGUAUAGCUUUUUCUUCUUUUCACAAAAUAACUUCUGGCCUUAAUGUUCCAGAUCUAGUCCGAUGGUUAGUGUACAUCAUUGCGCGGUCAUCAACAGUCGGCUGUGAAGUAGAAGCCUGGUAUAUGUGGGAAUUGUUGCCUCAACAAAUGAUCACUAAGGGCGAUGCUGCUUAUUAUUUAACAGCUCUGUUCUCAGCAGUUCACGUGUUGAAGAGUAUUGAUGCUAUCAAAAAACUUGCCGAAAAAGAUGCAGAUAUGGUGUCUAGUAUGGAUUUGUCUCGUCAGUUGUGCUCAUCGACGCCGUCAACUUCGGAUGCCUUUGUAAGAGUGGCGAUACCUGAUGAAGUAGCUGGUUGCAUAAGGUACGCGACCUUUCCCGGUGUUCCACAAAUGACAACAGGAAAACUGUGUCGCGUGAUUGCUCACCAGCAGGGCAUAACAAAUCCAGAAGAUCAUGGAUUGUAUUUGAUAGUUAACGGUUUCGAGUCUUGCCUUUUACCUCAUGAAUGCCCUGAUGCGAUUCGUGAUAGUCUACGUGGUACCGGCAAGCCGCAUUUGUUCGCCUAUAAACGACAUGAUGCUAAAAUCGGUUGGCCCCGACAAGUUAUGUCAACACCAAGUUAA